GCGAGGCCGGCGAGGCGUUCCCCAGUUCGGUGGCCCUGCGCCAGCAGUCGCGCUCCAUGAGCUCGCUGCCGCCCGAGGCAUUCACCAUCAUGCGUAGCAAGGCGCUCAACACGCGCGUCAUCAUCAACGUGGGCGGCAUGCGGCAUGAGGUGCUCUGGUCGACACUGGAGCGGCUGCCUCACACCCGCCUCGGCCGGCUCAAGGAGUGCAACACGCAUGACGCCAUUAUGGAGAUCUGCGACGAGUACUCGCUGGUGGACAACGAGUACUUCUUCGACCGGCACCCGCGCUCCUUCAGCAGCAUCCUCAACUUCUACCGCACGGGCAAGCUGCCUGUGGAGGAGAUGUGCGUGAUGGCUUUCGGUGAGGACCUCGAGUACUGGGGCAUCGACGAGCUGUACCUCGUCUGCUGCCAGCACAAGUACCACCAGCGGCGCGAGCACGUACACGAGGAGAUGCGCAAGGAGGCGGACUCGCUCAAGACGAGCGACGAGGAGGAGUUCGGGUCGGGCCGCUGCGCGCAGUACCAGAAGUUCCUCUGGGACCUGAUGGAGAAGCCGACCACAUCGCUGGGUGCCCGGAUACUGGCCAUUAUAUCCAUACUUUUCAUCGUUCUCUCAACCACAGCGCUAGUGUUGAACACUUUGCCGACGCUGCAAAACAAGGAGGGUGGCGAUAAUCAGUACCUCGCACAGGUGGAGAUCGUGUGCAUUACGUGGUUCACGCUUGAGUAUCUAUUGCGCUUUGCCGCCUCUCCGAACAAGUGGCAGUUCUUCAAGGGUGCCAUGAACAUCAUAGACUUGUUGGCUAUCAUGCCGUUCUACGUGUCUCUCUUUCUCCUCGAGUCUAACAAGAAAGAGUCGCAGUUUGAAGACGUUCGCCGGGUCGUACAUUUCCGCAUCAUGAGGAUACUGCGAAUCCUCAAGCUAGCGCGCCAUUCCACCGGCCUACAGAGCCUGGGCUUCACCCUGCGCAACUCCUACAAGGAGCUCGGACUCCUGCUCAUGUUCCUGGCCAUCACCGUUUUGAUAUUCUCGAGCCUGUGCUACUUCGCGGAGAAGGAGGCAAAGAACACUGCGUACACGAGCAUUCCGGAGACAUUCUGGUGGGCCAUCAUCACGAUGACCACGGUCGGGUACGGCGACAUGCACCCGCACACCGCGCUGGGCAAGAUGAUCGGCGCCGUGUGCGCCAUCUGCGGCGUGCUGGUCAUUGCACUGCCCAUCCCCAUCAUCGUCAACAACUUCGCCGAGUUCUACAAGAACCAAAUGCGCCGCGAGAAGGCAAUGAAGCGUCGCGAGGCCCUCGAACGCGCCAAGCGCGAGGGCAGCAUCGUCAGCUUUCAUGACGUCAACCUGCGCGACGCCUUCGCCAAGUCCAUGGACAUCAUCGACGUCAUCGUGGACACAGGUGGGUGGAGAUGUCGUCCUUGCUGAUGUCGAGUGAAAUGACUAUCUAUCGCCAGGAUGGUUCAACUUGUUACAGGGUGCGAUGUUUACAGACACGGCUUCCGCACAUCGUGUAACCGGUCGUUUACAG